AUGAACUAUAGACGUGCUCCUGAACACCUGUUUCCGGCGGCGUUUGAUGACAGCGUUGCUGCUACAAAGUUCUUCCUCCAGAACGCAGAGAAGUACAACGUUGAUCGCACACGUAUCGGCAUCAGUGGGGACAGUGCAGGGGGCAACCUGGCUGCAGCCGUCACUCUCGCACUAGCUAAAGAAAAGGGCCUUCCUAAGUUAAAGACACAGGCGCUCAUCUACCCCGUCCUACAAGCUAUUAACUUUACCACGCCUUCCUACAUCAACCAUGGUCACCUCAACAGUCUAAGUAAAGAUUUAAUGGUAUCGUUUUGGCUGUGGUACCUAAGCAAUGACCUCUCUUUCAAGAAAGUGUUCGAAGCCAACAAUCACACAAGUGUGGAGCUUAAGAAAUCUAAGUAUGCCAGGUACGUGGAUCCCGAAAUGGUCGGCGUUAAACCGGUUAAGAAGGGAAAUCUCAAAUUUCCCAAGAUUCCGAACAUCGCGACCAUUUUGGAUCCACGUUUUGCCCCGUUAAUGGCGGAUGAUGCUGACUUGAACGGUCUCCCACCGACGUACGUGAUGACGUGUGAGUAUGACGUGUUGAAGGACGAUGGUGUGAUGUACGCAAAGCGUCUUGGGAAGGCCGGGGUAAAGGUCAAUCACGAUCAUUACCAACAUGGCUUCCACCCAUUUUUAAUCCAUUUCUAUGUUUAUGAGUCAGCGGGGACAGCUAUGGAGAACUACCUGGCGUAUCUAAAGAAGAACCUAUGAACCUUACUCAUUACCUCCACGAAAAAUAGAGGUAUACAGUUUUUGGUGUGUCAGAGAUGUAGAAUGCAAAUUAUGCAAAUUGCUAGUUAAUUACUAUGAAUAAUGAGGAACUUUAACGAUUAUAUUGUUUUCCAUAAUAGGAUUUACAGUUCAGAUGCAAACAUGAGGAUAAGGUUUUUAUUAAAAAGGAACAUAAAAAAUAAAUACCUACGGUAAUGUUACCUUUGUUCAGUGAAUAUCUUUUAAAGUGAUUUGCAUUUAAUGUUUUCGUCCAUAUGUUAUAAAUGUCAGAAACAUAAGCGUAUUGUUACUAAAUUUUCAUAAUAUGUUAUCAAAGAAUGUAACUUGAGUGUAUAAAUGUAUAAAUGUGCAUUUAUUUAGUUAAACUAAUGCCAUCUUUGCCUAAAGUCUCAAUGAAGUGUUCAGCAAAUCACGGCUAAUAGUAAUAUGUACUGUGUAUCGUUUGCUAUUUCUUGACGCUCCGAAUGAUAUUGCAGCCAAAAUAUUGAGCCUACCCGAUCGCUACAUCGUAGACUUUAUAUCCGCGUUACAUUCCACGACAUCAAAUUUGUUUGGAUCACGGAAAAUGUGACUUCACCAUAAAGCUAAGGGCACAACCCGCCGUACGUGCAAUUCGUCCGUACGUUCUUUUGUUAGGCCACGUCCGCCACGUAUUUCUGAAAACGUCUAGGCUGUGCAGGGCAGGCGCGUCGCCCGUACUGGCACGUACG